UGAGGGCGGGGCUUCACGCCGACCUCAUUGUAAAGGAUGGAUUUGUUGUGAAAGGCGCAAAGCUCGGGCUGAGAAGAUAAACACACACACACACACACACACACAGAGCACAAGUUUAAUCCUGAGUGCUGAAGUUCUGAGCCAAAAUGGCGGACGACGCUGACAUGAGGAACGAGCUGACCAACCUGCAGGAGCGAGCGGACCAGCUGGCCGAUGAAUCGUUGGAGAGUACUCGGCGCAUGUUACAGCUGGUGGAGGAGAGUAAAGAUGCCGGGAUCAGGACUCUGGUUAUGCUGGAUGAACAGGGAGAGCAACUGGAGCGCAUUGAGGAGGGGAUGGAUCAGAUCAACAAGGACAUGAAGGAAGCAGAGAAGAACCUGACAGACCUGGGGAACCUCUGUGGGCUCUGUCCCUGUCCCUGUAACAAGCUGAAAGAGCGAGGGCAGAAUUGGGGAAAUAACCAGGAUGGUGUAGUGUCCAGUCAGCCUGCUCGUGUGGUGGAUGAACGUGAGCAGAUGGCUAUCAGCGGUGGAUUUAUUCGCAGGGUAACGAACGAUGCGCGUGAGAAUGAGAUGGAUGAGAAUCUGGAGCAGGUCGGAAGCAUCAUCGGGAACCUGCGUCACAUGGCUCUGGACAUGGGCAAUGAGAUUGACACUCAGAACCGCCAGAUCGACAGGAUCAUGGAGAUGGCUGAUUCCAACAAAACCAGGAUCGAUGAGGCCAACCAGCGUGCCACCAAAAUGCUGGGAAGUGGCUAAAAGUCUGCAGGAAUCACCUUCAACCAUCUGCCCCACUUCCUGUUUCCUCUUCUAUAUAAUCACUCAAUAGCUUUACACACAUGUAUAUACACUCACACACACACACACACACACACACAUACACACACACACACUGUAGAUGUUGCUGUUUUCUAUUGUAAAGCAGUGAUGUUGAUUCAUGAUUCAUUCCUUUUAAAUGACUCUUUUAAGUGAAUCAUUUCUCUUUAUGUGAGUCUAUUCACAAUCACAAACAUAUCUCACACUGAUUCUGAAAAUUCGACAUCUUUCGACAACUUCCUGUCACUUCUUCUGUCUGUUGGUUAUUCAAGACAAAUCUUCUGACCCUAAAUGACCAAAUCACCAAAAUCGAGAGUCUCCUUUUUUCUUAUAUGGUCAACACUCUGAAUAUCCAUCAGCAAAUUAAAACUCUUUCCUUCAUCAGUGUAAACAAGCACAAUUUUAUAUGUAGUGUCUAGAUUAUAGUCAUUUAUAGAGAUCAAUGAGAUUAAUCAUCAACACCUGAUCAAAUAAUCACAUGAAUCAUACUGAAAUGAAUCUGACUCACUUAAAUGAGUAGUUAGAAGGAGUUGAAUGACUGAUUCAUGAUGUUCAUCACUAAUCACACGCUGUAAAUACACACUCUCUGUGUUCCGUACGUGUGCGUGUGUGUGUGUGUGUGUGUAUAGACCUCACUGCUCAUAUUCCAUUAUUCACACUCUCUCUCUUUAUAUAUAUAUAUAUUUACAAGUCCACCUCUAUACCAUUAUCAUGACGCCACGGCAAUAGAUACCAGUCAACCGUUAAAUAUCAAAGUAAAAAAGAAAGUAUUCUACAGUAUUUCACACCUCACAAGGAAUAGUCCAUUUUAUGACGGUUACUUUUCAUUAAAAAAGACAUUCUUGAUGCCGUAUGCAGCAAACUGCAAUCUCCGGAGGACGCAGCAUCCGAAAUGAGACGCAGAGAAUAUAGAAACACUGUAUAACAGUGCGCUGUGUCACAGGCUCUUAUAGAGAACAUGAAUAACAUUACAUUACAUAUAGCAAAAAACACAUUAACACAAUUCAGUCUCACAAGUUCCCUUUCACUGCAGCAAAAAAAACCCACAGCCCACCCCGGGGAUCUGGAAUGAAGGCAAACUGAAAACCCAGAAAUAAAAGAAAAUCCAAAAGCAGAAAUGGUUCUUGAAAAAUCUUACCAACUACUUUAAAGAAUCAAAAGGAUUUUCUUGUAAAGUCCACCUUGAAAAUGUAUUUGUAAGGAUGUCUGAGACCAAAUCGAUUUCUUCUCCUCUGUCAGCCAUUGUGAGUUAAAAUAUAUAUAUAUUAUUUAGUUUGUGCGGGUCCCUGCCUCUGACUACUCCAAUUAUCCAAUCAAAAGACGGGAAAUUGCUGACGUAAUCGUACGCCUGCUAGAUGACCCCAUUGACGCCAACUUGAAAUCUGAUUGGUUAAUGGAACAGUUUCAUUGCCCCUUAUUUUAAGCUCCGGGCGCCUGCACUAUUGAUUCUGAAGGCCUUAAGGUAGAUUUCUUUCACCCUGGCAACACAUGAUGUCAUCCACUGUCUGAAAUAUGAUUGGAUAAAUACUUAUCAUAAAUAUACACUACUGCAAGCAGCACCAAGAGAAAAGCUAUGAAAUGUAGAGAAUAGACUAUUGGGAAUAAUUUAAUACACAUUCAUGGAAAAAUAUAUUAAAUAUAUUAACAUGCAAGUCAGUGAUUCAGAUCACUGCUGUUUAGGCCAUCAGAGAAGGACUUACUGACCCUGACGGUCUGCUACUGCAAACAUACACACUGUAUAUGUAUUUAUUUACUAUAUUCAAGUUAUAAUGCGUUAUUUACUGUACAAAGUCGUAGUGAAUAACUGCAGUGUUGAAUUUGCACACGAGAUAAAAUCAGACAGAGUAGAAAGGAAACAGAGUUUGGAAUAAAUAAUGACUGUGAUGA